AUGUCUAGCGUGGCUCCCUUCGCCUUGAAACAGGCAUCUCGAGCCUAUGCGCGCCGUCUGCUCUCGGCGCCGCACGCCUCCCUGCUCCCGCGGAGGGUGGCGAGCACCACCCUCCCCAGCUCCAGGACCUACGUGACCGAGACCAAGGCUGGAAAUGCCCGAGUCUCCGUCGACACGGCCAUCAAGCAGGAGCAAAAGGAGUUUAUGAAGCAGACCGGUAUCCAGCCGCAGCAAACAGAGCUCCCGGCAUCGGGCGUCUCCGGCGACGCCGCCCUGAGUCCCGCUGCGGGCAUCCUCAAGCAAGCGACGAUUAUGGACCAGGGCACGCGGCCGAUCUACCUCGAUGCGCAGGCGACGACUCCGACCGACCCCCGCGUUCUCGACGCCAUGCUCCCCUACCUGACCGGUAUCUACGGCAACCCGCACUCGAGGACCCACGCCUACGGAUGGGAGUCGGAGAAGGCAGUCGAGCAGGCGCGUGAAUACAUUGCAAAGUUGAUUGGAGCGGAUUCGAAGGAGAUUAUCUUUACAAGUGGUGCGACGGAGAGUAACAAUAUGAGCAUCAAGGGUGUGGCGAGGUUCUUUGGGCGGUCGGGGAAGAAGAAGCACAUCAUCACCACGCAGACGGAACACAAGUGUGUUCUUGAUAGCUGCCGACAUCUUCAGGAUGAAGGGUUCGAUGUUACGUAUCUUCCUGUCCAGAGCAAUGGGUUGAUCAAUAUUGAGGAUCUUGAGGCUGCCAUGCGCCCGGACACUGCUCUUGUCAGUAUCAUGGCUGUCAACAACGAGAUUGGUGUUGUCCAGCCUCUGGAGGAGAUUGGAAAGCUGUGCCGUUCGAAGAAGGUGUUUUUCCACACUGAUGCCGCCCAGGCUGUCGGCAAGAUCCCGCUUGAUGUCAACAAGAUGAACAUUGAUCUGCUGUCGAUUUCCAGCCACAAGAUUUACGGUCCCAAGGGUAUUGGUGCUUGCUACGUUCGUCGUCGUCCUAGGGUUCGUCUUGACCCGAUUAUCUCUGGUGGUGGGCAGGAGAGAGGUCUCCGCAGUGGUACCCUCGCUCCUCAUUUGGUUGUUGGUUUCGGUGAGGCUUGUCGGGUGGCUGCACAGGAUAUGGAGUAUGACUCCAAGUACAUUACUCGCCUAUCGAAGCGUCUGUCAGACGGCCUCUUGGCCAUGGAGCACACAUCGCUCAACGGCGACCCUGACCGCCGCUACCCCGGAUGUGUCAACGUCUCCUUUGCAUACGUUGAGGGCGAGUCCCUUCUGAUGGCUCUCAAAGAUAUCGCUCUAUCAUCCGGUAGUGCCUGCACAUCCGCCUCGUUGGAGCCCAGCUACGUCCUCCGCGCCCUGGGCAGCAGCGACGAGAGCGCUCACAGCAGUAUCCGAUUCGGAAUCGGCCGGUUCACGACGGAGGCUGAGAUUGACUAUGUGCUCAAGGCGGUGCAGGAGCGAGUACACUUCCUGCGGGAGCUGAGCCCGCUCUGGGAGCUGGUGCAGGAGGGAAUUGACCUGAACACGAUUGAAUGGAGCCAGCAUUAG